AUGGCGGACAAAAAUGUCGAAACGGGUGGAACUUUGACUAAACCCGAUCAUCCAAACGUGGAAGACGUAAAUGCUAGCAAUAUUUCAACGAGAGAUCCACAAGAUAUCUUUCACGAUGCGGCCAAAGCCUGGAGAAAGCAAAUAAAUCACGUUCAAGGACAAUUGGUGAGUCACACUGAAAUUGUUUCUUUGCAAAACGACUGUCGUAUUUUGGAAAUAUGUAUGAACGAUCUAACCAUGGCUCACGAGAAACUAGAAGAAACGCUUCAAUCUCCUGUUGAGAAAAUUUCCUUGUUCGGAAAAUUUGAGGACAUGAGCAAGGAGAAUAACAAGGUUGUGCAACAAGUGUAUGAGGCAAUUAGAGAAUUAAAGAUAGAUGCAGAGGACAAUCAUUCCAUAACAUCUCGAAGAUCCGACGGAAGUCGUACCUCACAUCGCAGUCAUCACUCUCGAUCCUCGAACAGCAGUACUACGUCUUCAACCAGACAGAGACGGCAGGAAUUGGAAGAAAACGCCGCCGCACUAAAGGCGAAAAUGCGUGUUGCACGAGAAAAAGAAGAAAUUGAUGAGGCGAAUCGAUUGCUCUUAGUCGAAAUCAAGAGCAAAUUACAAGAUGUUCAAAACGAAGAGCAAAGAGUUAAGGAAAGAAUCCUUCUUGCCAAUGAGAAAUUCAAAAUCCGGGAAGAACUAGCUGAAACUGAGGCUCGAAUCGAGGUCUGUACGAAAUAUGAGGAUGAAGAAGAGAUCUUCGAAACAAUUGAUGAGAUCCCAUGCGAUGAUACACAUGACCGUGUUGAACAUUUCCUUCAGUUUCGAUCGGUACAAGAAGAGCCACCUGUAGACGAACAAGAACAGUAUGGGAAUCCUGCUUCUAAUCAAGGGAACGACUUUAUUGCGCCAGAGGAGAACCCUAUAACCAAUUCAUCGACACCCGCACAGCUGAAUCCUAAUGUCGCUCCAUACCACCCUCCUCCUACUACUAAUGUGUUACAACCAUUCGAGCAGACCCAGCCAAAUCUAACCAGCUUCGAGGAAACAUGGAGAACAUUUUUGCCUGUAUAUCCAAAAAAAUCACUGACAAUCAUUAAGACCCACUCAGCGAUAGGUUCAGAUGAGAUUUCAUCCUACACGACUCCUCUCUCGGUAUUGGACCUUUCACGACCAAUGGCAUGA